AAUUGUUCUCUCUCUCUCUCUCUCUCUCUCUUCCCACACACAGACACACACACACACAAUGCACACACGUAUAAAAGGGGAACUCUCAAAGCGUCUAAUAGUCAUUCUCUUCGACGCAACCGGCAAUUUUACAACACCCAACAUGAAAAUAGUCAUUCUCACCUGCCUGUUAUCCCUGGCCCUUGGCAUGCCCCAAUUCCUAACACCUGAGGAGCUGAACAUUGUCGAAACCCUUCGGGAUGCUCGUUCAGAUGAGGGAGAUGGGAAUUUCGCUUACGAAUUCGAGACGGCGAACGGAAUCUUGGUUUCAGCUGCUGGAACUCCAGGGGAGGAAGGGCAGAGCAACAUUGAGGGUUCAUACAGGUUCCCCAUGGGUGACGGAAGGGUCCUGGAAGUAACAUACACUGCAGACGAACGAGGAUACAGGCCUUCAACCAGGAUCCUUGAUGCUUAGAAGUACUGGAAAUUGCUGGAUCAAAAUGCAAAAACACAUAAUUGCAAACACAUGUAUAAUAAAAAUUAUACUUCUGAAAUUAAAAUGUACUUAAAACACAAAAACACACGACUGCACCAUGUAAAAUAAAAAUCAUAUUCCUGAAAUUAAAAUGCACCUAUUUUAAAAGCUACGAGGUAUGAAAUUCUUAUCUAUUUUCUUCAGUAAAAUAUUAAAAUGCACAUAAAUUGUCCUACCACAUCUUGCUUUCAUGCCUGAAUACCUGUACAUCUCAUAGUACUACUUCAAAUUAUUAUUCAUUUACAAAAGGAAUACAUACCUUUAGUUAGAUUUUACCUAAUACAUUAAAGCUUCAUAUCUAUACUUAUUCAGUACUGUAUACACACUGAAAAUGCUGAAGAUCUGACAAUAUAUUUUCAAAUACCUGACAUUCACUGUUGUCUAGAAAAAGCACAGAGAAUGGAAUAACAAGCACACUUUUAAGCACCCAAAACUUGGGUCAUCCUACACUUGGUACUUCAAGGACAGAAAAUUAUUAACACCAAGAAAAUACCUAAUAGUAUGAAGCAUGAAGAAAUAAACAUAUAUCCUCCAA